CUACGAGCUUCAAGGUCUCUCCAAAUCACUUGAAACCUCUGAAACCUUCCACAUCAGUCUCCCCAUCAACCUCCAGCAGACAUCCUGUAUUCGCAGGCUUCAACACCUCCUCAAACCACCACCGUUCAAGCUCCGCCAUGACCGGAUCCCAGAGCAUCGCAAUCCGGCCCGCUCACGACGAGACGGGAAGGGAAUACUUCCACCACUCCAGUGGCCAGCGUAUCAGUACCGACACUGUCAUCGUGGAAGCUCUCCGGAAGCAGUAUCCGGAGCUCAACGUUGUCGUCUCCCCACAAGGCUCCUGCAACCUCCUCGCCUUCGCAGAUGCCGGCCACGCCUCUGCUAUCCCUAUCGAGGACACCGCCGAUCCUGUCUACGCACCUAUAAAAUGGCGCCAGUACAUACCCCCGGCACGCCGUCUAGACCACGGAGCCGGCGUGCUAGCCGACUUCGUCCUCUUCGGCAAAUACGUCUACAAAUACAACGGCCACGAGUUCCUGCUUUACGUCGCAAACGGACGUGAUGGGUCUAGCGCAUACCCACAAAUCACAAACAACUACAUCCUCACGAAAGAGGAGCGGCCGGCAGACGAAUUGAUUAUUGCGGCGACAAAGUACGGCCAGGAACUACAUAACGAGGUCUGGGUUUUCGAUGGGGGGUAUUGGCAGAAGAGCGGGGAGCUGUGGCAGAGCGUGCAGCAUUCGAAGUGGGAGGAUGUGAUAUUGGAGGAAGGCAUGAAGAAGGCGAUCAUUGAUGAUGUGGAGAAUUUCUUUGAUUCGCGGGAGACGUAUAAGAGGUUGAAGGUGCCAUGGAAGAGGGGGAUUAUCUAUUACGGGCCGCCGGGGAAUGGGAAGACGAUUUCGAUCAAAGCGAUGAUGCAUGCGUUGUAUAAGCGAAAGGAAGCUGUGCCGACUCUUUAUGUUCGGACUCUUAGUAGUUUUGCUGGCCCAGAGUACUCCCUAGGCCAAAUCUUCAGUAAGGCUCGCCGGGAAGCCCCCUGCUACCUCGUCUUCGAAGACCUUGACAGCAUCGUCUCCGACAGCGUGCGCUCUUACUUCCUAAACGAAGUUGACGGCCUGCGAAGCAACGAUGGUAUCCUGAUGGUCGGCAGCACCAACCACCUCGACCGUCUGGACCCCGGAAUUUCAAAGCGUCCUAGCCGCUUCGACCGCAAGUACUACUUUCCAGACCCAAGCUUAGAGGAGCGCAUCGCGUACUGCCACUACUGGCAAGGCAAGCUUUCCGACAACGACGAUCUUGAUUUCCCGGACAAGCUUUGCACUGCAAUUGCUAAGAUCACGGACAAAUUUAGUUUCGCGUAUAUGCAAGAGGCUUUCGUAGCGGCGCUGCUGGCUAUUGCGGUGUCACAGGGUGCGCCUAAUAUCGACAUGUAUGCUGGGCCUGAGGCUAUGAGUGUUGUUACUUCGAGGAUGUCUAGCUAUACGCUUGUGAGGGAUGACCCUGGAUUGGAUGACUUGGUGCUCUGGAAGGAGAUCAAGAAGCAGGUCAAGAUUCUCCGAGAGGAAAUGGACCAAUAGAGGAUUAUUUCUUGAGCUGGAGCUUCUUAUUUUCGGUUGGCGUUUUGGUAUUGGACAAUAUUGGACUAUAUGCAGCAAAAGCUGUGACGAAUCAAUCGCAGUGUCGAAAAGGCAGCACUAAGCCUUGCAUUUCAACACAGCCUUGCACUGUUGUACCUGAUAGACUCUGUACCUGACAGACUGCUUCCCCUCAUUGAGACAUCACGUGCUAUGUGCGUGGAGGGGUUCGCUCUGGACCUUCCCGUGAACCC